GUGAUUAUUAUUGAUAUUAUUGUUAUUAUUGCUGUUGCUGGAUGUGAUGCUGCUGCCCUCUGUGUGCGGAUCCCAUGAAAUCACGUUCAUCAGCACAGACAUGGCGUCUGGACGGGCGUCGCAUCUGUUCAACUGAAGCUUUAUGAUUCUGGUCGAGUUUAGGAAGAAAACGCAGCAAGAUGCCGCAGAAGAUGCUGGGCUCCGUGGUGGGACUCCUCUGCACAGGGGCGUGUUUGGUUGAGGCGAAGGAGUUUUGUUUCGGAGUGAACAAUGAACAGUACCGCUGUGAGAUGGGCUACUGCUGCGGAGAGACCGAGUGCUGCACUUACUAUUACGAGCUCUGGUGGUUCUGGCUGGUCUGGACUCUCAUCAUCAUGCUGAGCUGCUGCUGCGCCUACAGACACCGGCGAGUGAAGAUGCGUCUGCAGCAGGAGCAGAGACAGAGAGAGAUCAGUCUGAUGGCGUAUCAGGGUGCCUCCAGCGCCUUCAUCACUCCUCCUCCUCCUCUCAACCUGCGCUUCUGGACGGACUGUAAGCUGCCCGACUACGAGGAGGUGAUGGCUCACCCACCCACACCUCCUCCACCCUACUCCCCUCCGGAGCCUCAGGGGCCGCUGGAGCCUCAGGAGACGCCGCAGGAGCCCGAGGAGCCCAGCGGCCGGCGCAGACACGUGACCGGAGACUCGGGCAUCGAGGUGUGUGUGUGCCAGCUGGACGAGGGCUCAGGGCCCGAGGAGGAGGCCCCGUGUCAGGGGCCCGCCGGCUGUGAUCAGGAGUGAGGAGCCCGGGAGAGACUGUGUCUCCUGAGCAGCGUAACGCCUCAAGUGUGUCUCUGACUGCACCGUGUGUUUCCGUUUCCCAGAAUCCCUCUCGCUUCCCUCUCACACACUUAACCAAUCACACACACCACGGUUUGAUUCUCACAGCUGCCCUGAGACCUCAGCCCAGAGCCACACACACACACACACAGACAGAGCGUCUCUCUCACACACACACACACUCUCACAGGGCGGUGUGUGUAGUUUGUGAUUAUUGUGCUGAUAAACACACAGUCAGCUGAUCGUCUCAUCGUGGCCUUACCUGUUUCACACGGCUGCUGUAAAGAAGCGUGCCGUCCCGUGUGUGUGUGUGUGUGUGUGUGUGUGUGAACAGUCACAUGACUCUCCUCUAUGAUUAGUGUUCAUUAGUGAAGCACAGAUGUGGUCAGAUGCGAUGUGUGUGUCUGCAUUAAGGGCUAAAAUCAAGAUCAGAAUGUUUGCGGUUGGUUUUCUGGUGUCCGUGGUGUUUUUCACACGUCUCUGUUGCACUGAUGGACGGCGUCGUCCACAAAAUUCUUUGACUCCAGCUCAAUUCCCACAACGUUUACAGACUCUGUGCCUUUCCCGGUGGAAAUCCAGACUAACUAACUAACUAACUAACUAGGCUAUGCAAAACCCCAGGACUCUCUGUUAUGAGCUGCAGUAACGAGCAAUACUCGACUCCUUCCCUGUGUGAUCAGCGCGCAAGCGUUCACUUUAUUUCCUCACCAUCUGUCCACGAGUGAAAGUCAUGACGUGUUUCUCUACUAACUCUCGUAUAACUUGUUUUGGAUUCUUCAGCGUUCUCCGGCGUCACCGGUCCCGUUACGCUGGUGCUCUGAAAUAUGAAGCCUUUGACAUCGAGCAGCUCCGAGUCUGUUGUCAAAUGUGUGAUUAAUACAAAGACGUUUAAUAUCGAGCCAAAUCACAGCGCAAACCAGUUCUUCUAUAAGCACGUUGAACUGUUUUACUUCAUACUCGUUUAUAACAGUAGUUCUCUGCUGAAGUGUGUACCGUAUUUACUUGACUCUACUGACGGUCGGUGAGCGUUUCUGAUAGCAGCUAGUAGUGAUGAUGAUGAUGAUGAUGAUGAUGAUGAUUUCUGCCAAACAGCAGCUGAUGUGGAGAUGUUCACAGACAUACAGACUCGUUUGUGGUUCCAGCACUGAGCUCUGUGUGGCGUUUCUACUGUCGGUUCUUUAGCAAGACGUCUGCUGUGUCUCUAUAGUCAUUUGUAUUUUAUUUUUGUAAUAAAAUAAUAAACCAGCUUUGGCACUGA